AUGUCAGAGAUGCGAAGUCCGGUCUCAUAUUCUAAACUAAAUUCUGGCUACAAAGUUUUUGACAGGCUGGGAGAUUUCUAUUACAAUUGGAAAAGGAUUAUAGUGUGGCUCUCGUGUCAGAUUGAAGUAUUUGUUUCAGAUUGUGAUGUUGGUAAUGGUAAAGUAUUUGAAAGUGGAGAAACCUUUUCAUUUGAUAGACAACACUGUGUUAGUUAUAUCUGUGAGGGUACCAUGUACAAAGUCAAGAAAGCAAAAUGUUUUGAUGUAGACAGUAAUAAAUGUGUUGAUCCGGGUACUCUAGUCAAGAGGAAAGGCUGUGUGGUUGUUGAGUGUGUAGAGAGAGACACCAAAUUUGGGGCUGUUAUUCAUUUCAAACACAAAGAAGUCCAAUGUCCAAUAGGAGAUAAAUGUUACCCCGAUGGAGAUACAGUCACUUACAAUGGUAAACAAUGUAAAU